AUUCUCUCGUUAUUGUGUCCUUGCUCCAGGAACGGACUAUCAACUCAUCAACCUAAACUGCAUGCUUGUAAAUGUAAUGGAUCUUCUUCGGAAAAAAUGCAAUAUCGAUGAUGAAGAUGUUUUGUUAGAUCUAGCCGAUGAAGAAGGGUUGUUGAAAAGUCUACCAGAUUACAGUACGAGGGUGAACACCAAGCACCUGCUGAAACCUAGAGCUACGUAUGUACCGAUCAAGAUUGAACGUGACGAAAACGAUGCAGUCAAACCAUAUGAACCUUAUGUACAGCAGCUAAAGGAGAAUGCUGAAUUUAUGAAUACCCUUCUGGCUCAGUAUCGAAAGAAAGAGCUGCCAAAUCAGGGAAAGAAAGAGAAGAACGCUAGUGGACGUAAUCGUGCUUCGACAUCGUCGAGCUCGACACCCCGAGCAACGACGAGUGCGUCCAAGAUGAAGAGUAAAAAGGGUGGCACCACAUCGAGAGCCGGAAAGGCCUCAAGAUAGAUCACUGACCGUGUGGUCACAGCCAUCAGAAGCAAAGAUUUGCGCCUGUUGAUACACCGUUUCAAGAAUGGCUAUCGUAUGAGUCUUACCCCAGAACAUCCACUGGAAAAAUCUAGCGCAAUAUUUUGAAAAUUGAUUUCC